AUGGAGGCCGGCAGCAGCAGAAGCAGCAGCACCAGUGGUGCCUCCCUGGCUGCCGGCGCCAUCGCCAUCGCCAUCGCAGCCUUCGACGCCCACGGCCGCACACCGCUGCGCCCGCUCCUCCCGGCUCUCAGCCCAGAUCCGGUCCAAAGCUCUCCAGCACCAAGAGCCAUGACACGCCGCUCCGGCAUCCCUGCGCGUGCCGCUUGCCAUGCCUGCCGCCGCCGCAAAUCUCGGGUGUGUGCCCGUGUUCUCUCCUGGUCUCCCAGCGGAGGUCGCCCAAAGUGCGGCUCCUGCCAGGCUCGCAACGUCGACUGCGUCUAUGACACGGCCUCGAAGCUUGAGACCCGAACGCAAGCGCUCAAGCGCAAGCUCGGCGAGCUGAACGAGCCGCAGACAGCGGACCAGCUCUGCGAGCUACUCGUCAAGCUGCCUGAAGCAGAGGCCUAUACUCUCCUCGGACGCCUUCGCCGAGGCGAUGGAGCAGAAUCCCUCCUGCGGCUCUUCAAGGAUGGCGACCUCUUGUUGCAGCUCAAGCUCAGCCCAGAGUCACGCUCCCGAUACGAGUUCCCCUACCGGCGCGAGAUGCCAUUCACCGUCAUGGAGUUUGACAAUCCGUACCUCAACUCCCUGGUCUACGAAUGCUCGCUCCGCAACUCGGCCACUCAUGACCCCUUUGACACCAUUGAUGUCGCAUUCGAGGCGUACCGGGACCUCUAUCUCAAGCCGGUCCAUGCCGCUACAGUUGUUGACGAGCUGCUUGAAGCAGUUCAGCCCUCCAAAUGGACCAGCAUCAGUAAAGACGACGCGCUGAUGCGCAAGUUGUUGGCUUCGUACUUCUCGCACGAGUACCAAAGCCUGACUGUUUUUCAGAAAGACUACUUCCUUAGGGACAUGGCAGACGGCCGUCGCCGAUUUUGCUCGAAACUCUUGGUUCAUGCGGUGUUGGCCAUGGGCUGUUUCUGCUACAAUGUCAUCCCGAAGCGUUACGAGUUUUGGAACCCCCAGAGUCUGGGUUAUCAAUUCUUGAGCGAGGCUAAACGUUUGUGGGAACUCGAGGCGCAUAGACCAAAGCUCGCGACUGUCCAAGCCGGCCCUCUUCUCAACAUCAUACACAAUAUGUGCUGUCAGGACAAGCUCGGCUGGGCAUAUACCAUGCAAGCAGUAACCAUGGGUCACAGACUGGGUAUCUUCUCGCCAGCGCCGGGCCAGUUCAGUAGUCAAGAACAAGCGGCUCGAGACUUCACAGCUUGGUGUAUUUUCGACUUUCAGAGUCUCCAUUGUUUGUUGUUGUUUGAAGCUCCUAUCAUGCUUCGACCACCAGACAUUCCAUUGCCAGAUCCCACAACGAACCCGGAAUGGUACAGUGAAGUUUGGUACCGAUACCCGACCAGAAACCGGCUAUGCCCAGCCAGCUUCGCCCACUUGUUUUAUGCAAAGUCGCAGAUGCGAGUCAUUACAAAUGAUAUCCUAUUGAGGUGUUAUGGAGAUUCGGCCCAAGUCCCUCAUUUGUCAAUUGAAGAGGCGAGCGUGUUCACCCAGCGGCUCGAGGCUUGGUAUAACAACUUGCCGAGAGUCCUCAAUGCCAAGAAGUCGGUAUUACCGAGUCAUUUGCUCCUACACAUAAACUACCAAAAUGUCAUGAUCAACAUUCAUGGGCCGUUCUUGCGAGCUGGGCCGUUCGCAGACGGGUACGACCCGCACUCGAGCAGAGAAGCCGCCUUGAUGCGUCUUGAGACCUUACUCCGCAUAUACUUUCUUCGGCACGGAUUUGAGUGUGCCGACGCAUACGUGAUCCAGCCUCUCAGCCUAAUGGGGUUUGAGAAUGUGCAGAAACUCAAAAUGGACCCUUAUGGACCGAGGUCUGAAGCUGCCCGCUCAUCGCUAAUUCUCGCGGCCAAGGGCCUCUGGGACCAAGGGCAAAACUUCUACGUCGCGCGCACGACGCUGUCUUUGCUGCGAGAAACUUUGCAGCAGGCCGACCCGCACCAGGUGGAGGUGCGUCUACUCGACCGCGAGGUCGACUUCAAGGAGCAGCGCAAUGCUGCCGAGCAACUCCAGAUCCGCCAUGUAAGCAGCCGCUGGCCACCGAGCAUGGCCAGCAUCACGGAAGACCCAGAGGGUCAGCGACUCCACAGCCUCGUGGAGCGCUACAUGAACAUCCAUAUCGAGUCAGACGACGAACACGACGGCGACGACGAUGAUGAUGGUGGUGGUGACGAGUCAAUGGACGACGGAGCACAUAUGCAAGCGACUAACCGGGAUUAUGUCGAAGGGUCGCCAGCUGAUUCAGCAAACGGAUCUGGCCAUGUGUGGAGCCCGUCUUGAGAAAUGAAACCUCAAAAUGAAAAAAGAGACAGCCAUUGCAACACACGCACGGGGAAGCUGGCCUCUGUGACUCGGAAAACAGAACGGGACAACAAGGAAGCUGCGCUUCUAAGCAACACUAGAUACACGAAACCACCACUUAUUGUUCUUGGCGACACCUACAAACACGGGUGCCCUAAUGCUUAUCAUAUUUACGACAAAGAGGUCUACGAAGCCGUCAAAGCUUAUCUGUUUCUCUAUAUACACAAAACCACUCUUGUUCCUGGGGACAAGGACAAGUAGGACAGAAAUAAAAGAACAAGUCACUGUUUCUGGCCCGGACAAGCACGAAACCUGACCCGACCAGCGUACGUGAUACUCCAACAUCACCCAGAGCUGGAUGACGUCAAGGCCGUACCCUUCGUCAAGCAUGG